AAAAGCCAAACGCACUAGAGAAAAAUAAUGGAGUGAAACGGAAGAGAGAGAAAGAGAGUAGAUAGAGAGAGAAGGGGAGUGAGGCUCGGAGCCGAAAAAGAUGGGUCAGAUCGUGAAGAGGAAGAAGAAGGGUCGACCGUCAAAGGCAGAUCUCGCACGCCGCGCCGCCGCCGAGCCUGAGAGUGACGUUCGGCGUAGCCGCCGGCGCCGGAAUGUGAGGUACACCUUUGAUUUCGACGACUACAUCGACGAUGACGAUGAGGUCGAGGACGAGGAAGACGAGCGUGGGAGAGAGAAGAAGUUGAAGCUGCUACUCAAGCUCCAGAGCAAAGAUGGCGAUGGUGAGUCAACUCCGAGUCGAACUCAGCGCGUGGAACACGCGCCUUCUGCCUCGGCUUCUUCGUCGGACUACGGCGAUGCCGAUAAUCCAUUGAAGAAGAGGAAAAUCGAAGUCCACGGCGAUUUUGGCGAUGAAAUUGAUCAUGAUCGCGAAGAGGUUAGAGGGAGAAAAAAAGGAUCCAAGGGGGGAGACUCUGUUCCAGGGACACCAUUGGAUCCUCCAAUGGGGACUCCUUUGCCUGACAAGAACUCAUUGGAGUUGAUUCUUGACAAACUUCAGAAGAAGGAUAUUUAUGGUGCGUAUGCUGAACCUGUUGAUCCGGAAGAGCUUCCUGAUUAUCAUGUUGUGAUUAAGCAUCCAAUGGACUUUGGCUCAGUGAGGAAGAAGUUGGGAAAUGGAUCAUAUUCAACCCUGGAACAAUUUGAGAGUGAUGUCUUUCUAAUUUGCACAAAUGCAAUGAAAUAUAAUGCGCCAGAUACCAUAUACCACAAACAGGCACGUUCCAUCGAAGAGCUAGCAAAAAACAAAUUUCAGAGGUUAAGGAUUGAUACCGAACACUCUGAGAAAGAGCUCAGCUCAGAACAGAAAACAAAAUCUAACUCCUUGCCUAAGAAGCAAAUAAAGAAGCCAAUGAGCCGGACUGCACAAGAACCUGUUGGUUCUGAAUUCUCCUCAGGUGCCACUCUUGCCACAGCCGGGGAUUUCCAAUGUGGGUCAAAUGCAACCCAAUCUGGUGGUUUUAAGAGGCUUAGCAAUGUCGAUGGAUCUGUAGAGGGAAACACUUCGCUGAUUGAUAACAAUUUGGAUAAGGCAGACGAUUUACUAUCAGGGAGGGGUCUUCUACCUAGAUUUGGGAGGAAACCUUCCACAAAUGAUGAAAAUCGUCGUGCAACUUACCACAUUUCCAAUCAACCAGUGUCCAGAUCUGAGUCAAUAUUUACAACUUUUGAUGGUGAAAUUAAGCAGCUGAUUGCUGUUGGGCUUCAUGCAGAUCACUCGUAUGCCCGGAGCCUGGCUCGUUUUGCUGCAACACUUGGACCUGUUGCUUGGAAGGCUGCCUCCAAGAGGAUUGAACAGGCUCUACCUCCAGGGUUCAAAUUUGGUCGUGGGUGGGUUGGAGAUUACGAGCCACUUCCAACACCUGUAUUAAUGCUGGAAAACUGUUCCCCAAAAGAACCCAUUUUUCUUCCAAAGUUGCAUGAUACUUCUGGUGCAAGAAAGGAUGAAAAAACUUCUAAGACCACGGUUUCUGCCCUGGAGCAUACUGUUAGUGUGCCAAUUUCAGAAGGGAAGUCAUCUUUGUCCCGUGCUGCUAUAACCAAAAGAACUUCCACUCCUACUGCAAGUGCUCAGUCUAUUAAGGGGGCUAAUUUGGAAGGUAAACAGUCUUUCUUUGGAGGGAGCAGACCUCCUCCUACAACUACUACUACUGCUACUACUACUGCAAGUGCGAAUUAUCUGCAGCAAAGCCCACGAUCCAGGAAUGUUGAACCGGAAAAAAAGGUUGUAAAGCAAGUUGAAUUGAAUCGUCCUCCAUCUUCAGCUAAUCAAAAUGCACGUGAUUUCGUUACAGAGAAGCAAAUUCCAAAUGGUUCUUCGGAUGCACCAAGUUCACCGUCAACGGAGACGGUUUCAAGGAACAGGAAUCUUUUGCAGUCCUCUGUCCCUUUUAAGCAGCCAGAGAAUAAUGGGUUUGUUUCGGGAAGAUUGCCAAAUGGAAGAGACUUGAGUAAAAGUUCGGGCAUAAAUGGUAUUCCCAACCACAUGGUGACUUCAGCUACUCAUUUUUCCCGUGGACAGGAGCAGGGUCUUGGUGACCCUGUCCAGUUGAUGAGAAUGUUGGCUGAAAAUGCUCAAAAGAAGCAGAAAUCUUUAAAUCAUUCCUCAGUUGACAACCCAUCAAUAGUGCCAUCAGUUCCAUACUCGGGAAAAGAUGAUCCAAGAAAUGCUGCUGCAGCCGCUGCACGAGCAUGGAUGUCAAUAGGGGCCGGGGCGGGCCACAAGAAUCAGAUAUCUACGGAUUCUCUAUACAACCCUACUAGGGAACUCCAGCUGCAAGUUUCGCGAUUUCAGGGCGAUUUUGCUGGUUCUGGGAUGCAUUUUCAGCCCACAAAGAACAACUUUCCACUUCAAGCCUUUAUGACACCGCCUGUCCAGAGGGGCUGCGAAGCUCAAUUCCAAAAUAGACCGGUGGUUGUCCCUCAGUUAGUAACGACCGACUUGUCUAGGUUUCAAAUGCAGUCUCCGUGGCAGGUCCUGAAUCCACAAAAGCAGGCACAACAGAAACAGGAAUCGCUUCCUCCGGACUUGAACAUUGAUUUCCAGUCUUCGGGAUCACCUGUGCGACAGUCUUCAGGAGUUCUGGUGGACUCUCAGCAACCUGACCUUGUGUUGCAACUCUGAGGCUGCUCAACAAUUUUUUUUUUGGGUGGAGAAAUAGGACAUAAAGAGAAGAAAGCUGAGCAUUUUAGCAAGGUAUUGGACCGGAUAUUCUAAAUCUUGACUCGGGUUUUGCCAAAUAGGAUGAUUGUCCAGAUUAGUUUGAUGAAAAGGCACUAUAUGAUGGGGUUUCGAUGUGUCUACUACAUUGAAUGAGGAUUUUACUGACUUGCAACGGCAUGUAAUCAGGUUAUUGUAUUAGAAAUUGUUGAGCUUAAGGUUGUUUAGUAUUUAGAUUAUAGUAAUCCAUGUUUACGAGUUGUUAAUCCAGUGAAUUACACUUGAAAUCCAUUUGAUUCCUUGUACAUUAAUUAUGAAUGGAUGAGAAGUAAUUCUGUUGCGUUCUGAUACCUCACAUGUAAUCGUCUUGAUUUUGCUAUUUUUAUGCUAUCAUUGUCAUG